AAGUGGGGCAGAGUCACCAAAAUCAGGAAACUAAGUGUUGCUAUUAAUACAACUGUGCAAAGUGGGUGAUCUGGUGAAAGCUAAUAUAGUGUCAGUUGAAGAGGAAAGACGCUUCAGUGAACUCAACAAGCCCCAAAAAGGACUUAUUUGGACAAAUGAUGCUACUUAUAAAGUGAUUUUAAUACAUGUUUGAGACUUGACAACGAUGGAAGAACACGUCCCAGCAAUACCAUCAGACGGCACCAAGCCUCCUGAGUCCUACGACCUCUUGAUCCUCCACACGGCCGAGGCUCAGGAAUGGGCGUCGUACCUGCAGCAGAUCCUAAAGUCCUCCAGAACCUUCCACCACAGGUCCAUUCUGCUGUACGCCGUGGGCCCGGCCGAUCAGCUCCACGGGUACAACUUUGACUGUUUCCAGAGCUCCAAGUGCAUCGUCCUGCUGCUGGCCGGCGUCUUCCUGGACAUGCUCUGUGAGCCGGAGCUGCAGGAGGCGCUGCACAGACUCCUUUAUCCCCCCUACAGGGUGGUGGCGCUGCUGUGCGGCGUGACGGAGGACGCCAUCCUGACCGAGAGCUUCGAAGACUGGCCAUACUGGAGGAAACUGUACUCAGAGGACGAACCGGCCGUCUACAUCUCCACCAUCCUGGAGUGUGUCAAUGAGAGUACUAGAGAGGAGGCCAAACGUCAGGAAUAUGAGAAACUUCAGUGUCUGACGGCAGCUUCACCGACACAUGAGGUGGUUUGUGAAGAACAUCAGGAGAACGUCCAGAAAGAGAACGUCCAGAGGGAUGAAGAACCUGUGAAUGAAGUGAAUUCCAAAACAGACACUGACUCAUCGGCUCACCCCAGCUGUCUGAGCGUUCAACCCAGCAGAGUCCGAUGUGGGGAGCAGCAGACCAUUUAUAUCAUGUUAAAGGACAGAGUGGAUGUGGAGUCGGUACCAGAGGUGGAGUUUUCAUCAGAACAUGCAGCUGCCAAACGGAUCAGAGCCACGGUGGAGAAUGAAUACACUCUGAGCGUCUGUGCACCCGAUAUGCCGGCUGGAGCGGUGUCUGUCACCCUGCACACUGAGCAGUCGUCCAUGAACCUGAGGCCGCUGACGUUCUUCACCGACCUGGGAGAAGUCAGCCGACAUCUGGAAAACGCAGCGGAUCCGGUUAACUUCAUCUGUCAGGCCUUCAACCUGACGUCCAACUCCAGAGAAUCACUGGACAUCAUGUUAACUGACUCUUUGAAAUCCAAGAUGCCUGCGACGGGGAUGCAGCUGUUUGGAAUCAGACAGAUUGAAGAAAACAAUAUGGCAUCAUGUAAGCGGAACGAGGAGCUUCCCACGCUGCUUCACUUUGCGGCCAAGUACGGUCUGAAGAAGCUGACCAGCACCCUCCUCCAGUGUCCCGGCGCUCUGCAGGCGUACAGCGUCAUGAACAGGAACGGCGACUACCCCAACACGCUGGCCGAGAAGAACGGCUUCUCCGACCUCAGGCAGUUCAUCGACGAAUAUGUCGUAAGCGCAACGAAGACGGUGGAUUUAUACGAACAAAAUGAGGAGACGGCGGACAUGCUCAAGUCUCACAUUGAGGAGACCAUCAACACGGAGGAGAACGCAGACGUGUACGAGAUGAUGACGGCGAAUUCAGAGGACAUCAUGAUGAAGUACUCGGGAUGUUCGGAGGACAUCUACGAGUCCAUGCUGGGCAUCGACCCUGAAUGUGCAGAGGAUUUAUAUGAGGUAAUGAACGCUGUGGAUGAAAACCCAGAGGAGGCCAUGCUUAGGAAGUUCUUCCAAGCCAAACCUCUUCCUCCUCCCAUCACCGAAGACAAAGAGCCCCCGGAUAAUGAAGAGGAGGAGAAAUGUGAGUAUCCGCCCGAGUUCGGUCAGAUUGAAGAAGAGGAGGAUCCGUACGCCCUGAGCUCAGAAGACAUCUACGACAUCGUGGACACAAGUCUGUGCAACCCGGGAAUCCUGAACCGUCCACCGGCUCCUGUUCCCAGACCGGAACCAGAGGCUGCCCCGGAACCAGAACCAGAAAAGCACAUGACCUACAUAUCCAGAGUAUUUUCAGAUAAAGGUACACCUGAGAGUACGAGCAUGGAAAACACAUUUCCAGCAGCUCGGCCGGUGUCUGAGACCCCCUCCUCUGUUUAUGACCCCUACGCUGGCAUGAAGACCCCCGGGCAGAGGCAGCUCAUCUCUCUGCAGGAGCGGGUCAAAGUGGGGGAGAUCACCGUGGACGAGGCCGUGCAGGAGUUCAAGGCCUGGCAGUUCGACCACGAGCGCAGAGCCAACUCUUUACGAUACCAACAGGAAAAUCUGAAGAGACUACGAGACAGCAUCACCAGACGACACAAACAGAGAGAGAAGGAUGGACAGACCGAUUAUGAGAUAAGCGCCCCGCUGCAGAGGAACCUGUACUGGGGGGCCCCUGUCACUUUAGAGUGCUCUGUGUACGAGCCCACGCCCAGAGUGGUAGCCCCGCCCCCCUCAGCGGUGCAGGUCAUCCAGAGAAGCACCUGGAAGACGGGCAGCACCUCCAGCACCUCCAGUACUGAGAGCAACAGGCUGAGCACCCACAGUACGUUUAGUUUGAGCAGCGGAACAGAGCCCGACGAGGACACGAUAGAAAACCUCCCUCCUCCUCCACCACGACCUCCACGCACAUCGGACGCUCCGCCCCUCAUCCCUCCUCCCAGGAUUCCUCCACGAAUCCCAGAGCGGGCUCCAGAGAAGGUGCUGCAUGAGCGCUACAUAUCCUGCCCGACCCGAGCGCUUCCUCAGAGACCCCCGUCCAGAUUCACCAGCACAGCCCCGCCCAUUCCGUCACGCCCACGAUAAGGAUAAGGACGCCACGGUCUGGUCCUCAAGUAAAGGGACCAGCCAUUUGAUUCACUUUAUGAUGUCACUUGUUUUGUCGAACACAAUCUGUUUUCCGUCUUAUGUCACUGUUUGAAGUUUACGUUGAUGUUUUACUGUGAUGUUGUUACAUGUAUGUGAUGAUUUUAUAACAUCCUAAUAAAGUUAUAUAAUAUUUUAA